GAUAAAAGCUCCAAGAGACUCUUGUCUUUGUUUUCUAGGACGUGUGUCGUGAUUUUGGGAGCUCAGGCCGGAUCGGUGGCGGAGGCGUGUGAUCCAGUAUUGACAGCAGAAGACGGAGCUUUCCAUCACCGCCCGUUCUAAGAUGGUGACUGCCAAGGUGUGGGUAAUGAAGAAGCAUUUUGAGGGUUUCCCCCAAACCAGCGACUUUGAAAUGAAACAGGAGGCGCUGGCAAACCUGAAGGAUGGAGAGCUGCUGCUUGAAUCAGUUUUUCUUAGUGUUGAUCCUUACAUGAGACCGGUCAGUAAAAGGGACAUGAAGGAAGGGGAUGUAAUGGUUGGCACACAGGUUGCCAGGAUUGUAGAAAGCAAGAAUCCAGCUUUUGCAGUAGGGACCUUUGUUGUGGCUAAUAGAGGCUGGAGAACUCAUUUCAUUUCUGAUGGGACGGACCUGAAUCUCCUGCCUGCAAAUUGGCCAGAAUCACUCCCCAAGUCUCUAGCACUUGGGACAGUUGGUAUGCCAGGCCUCACUGCUUAUUUUGGUCUGUUUGAGGUCUGCAAGAUGAAGCCAGGAGAGACAGUGCUGGUCAAUGCUGCAGCUGGUGCUGUGGGCUCCGUGGUGGGACAGCUUGCUAAAAUAGGGGGUUGUAAAGUGGUGGGCUGCGCUGGCUCAGAUAGCAAGGUUGCUUACCUGAAAAAAAUAGGCUUUGAUGAAGCCUUCAAUUACAAGACGGUUACAUCCUUGGAUGAAGCCCUGCGUAAGGCCUCUCCUGAUGGCUAUGACUGUUUCUUCGACAAUGUGGGUGGAGAAUUUGCCAGUAUUGCUAUCCAUCACAUGAAGAAAUAUGGAAGGAUUGCAGUCUGUGGAGCCAUCUCUCAGUACAAUGACACUGUGCCUCAGAAAGGAUCUUAUAUCCAGUUUCCAAUGAUCUUCAAUGAACUUAGCAUGAAAGGGUUUAUUGUGUACAGCUGGUAUAACCGCCGGGAGGAGGGUGUGAAGGCACUGCUCAAAUGGGUCCUGGAGGGAAAACUGAAGUACCACGAACAAGUCACUGAAAGAUUCGAGAACAUGCCAGCAGCUUUCAUUGGAAUGCUAAAGGGAGAAAAUCUUGGAAAAGCUAUUGUAAAAGUCUGAAGGUCACUUCUUCCUGGGAUACAAGCGCAGGAGAAUGUGAUUCUGUUUAUAUAAUUUGUAAACUCAAAUGUUAAAAAGGUUUAUUUCUGUGUUUUUGAUGAACGCUUGGGGAUAAUUUCUCUUACUAUUGGCCUAAUAACUGUAGGUAUGUGCCUGUGGCUUUGAAGAACUUGAGAUUGCUUUAACCAGCUACGCAAAAAAGCUCUAAAAUGUUUGAACCUCACCAGUACUGAAACUGGUUUAACUGUACUUUGAAAAGAACCUAAGUUGACUUAUGAAAAAGCAAGAGGCAAUUCUGAAAGCUUUCCCAGUAGAUGGCACACCCAGUGACUAAUGUUUGUCUAUUGAUUUUGUCCAGAACUGUGCAAGAGGGAAUUUAAUUUUGUAACCAGUGUUAGUGAGCAAAGAUCAAGCUAACAGUGUAUGGGGAUUCCAAGUUUCCUCACAUAGCUGUAUUUUUUUUCUUCUUCUUCUUUUUUUUUUUUUUUUUUUUUAAUUAAGGAAUGUAGGUAUCAGUUAUGCUGAGAUAAUGGAAAGAAAAUAAAUCUGUUAAUGGAUACUUCA